UUUCUGACAGCAUUACUGCGUUGGUUCCGCGUCUUUUGGAUUUCUUUUUCGUGGUCACGAUUUUCCAGCAGCAAUUUCCGCGGGAAGCAGCGCGAAAAUGCUGAAUCAGGUCGCCGUGGAGGCGCUGUAUUCAGCUACCUACGUGGAGAACUAUUUGGACUCAGUGGAGAACCUCCCGGACGACGUGCAGAAGUAUCUGUCGCGAAUCCGGGAGAUUGACGUGCAAUUCCGAGCCCAUCUACGUGAUUCUGACUACUACUAUGAGCAGUGGUCAAACUGCUCCACCAGCGAACUGGAGUCUGCCAAUGCCAAGAGAUCUCGUGCCAUGGCAAGGAUUCAGCAGAGCUUCAUUGCCUCCCAGGAGCUUGGGGAUGAGAAGCUGCAGAUUGUAACGCAACUUCAGGAGCUGAUUGACCAGAAAACACGUCAGCUGGAGCACGAUUUCAAGAAUCUAGACUACGGAAAAGACGACCCAAUUAAUGAUACCGUGGUGAAGGAGCCUUGCAGGAUACCCAGUCCUACGAUGAAUCUUAGCAUUUCGGGGCUCACCACAGCUCAGCAAAUGUUUGUGGCAUCGCCUGUGGCAGCCAGUAUCUCAGGAUCCAGCUCCACAGCCAUUCGGGAGAGCUUCAGUGGGUCCAACAGUAACGGGGAGCGUGCCUCCAAACGCGCCAGACGCACCAGGGCAGACACACUGGUGGGCGCAGCUGAUACCUCCGUCUCUGACAAUAAUCUCAGCACAAGUGACGCGGUUCCGGCGAAGCAGAGCAGCAGCACUGCCCAGAACGCUGGAGCUGUGCAGAAGAAAGGCGCCGGACAAGCUGGGAAGAAGAAAAAGCGCAAAGCCAGGGGCACUCAAGGUGGCAACAAUCAGACUCGCGAUCGUGAUGACACUCCACCUCCGGAAGAGCCCAUUGACCCAGAUGAGCCCACGUACUGCCUCUGCGAUCAGAUUUCAUUCGGUGAGAUGAUCCUCUGUGACAACGAUCUCUGCCCAAUCGAGUGGUUCCACUUCUCCUGUGUAUCUCUCAUGUCCAAGCCGAAGGGCAAAUGGUACUGUCCCAACUGCCGUGGCGAUCGACCCAACGUGAUGAAGCCGAAGGCGCAAUUCCUCAAGGAACUGGAGCGCUACAACAAGGAGAAGGAGGAGAAAACAUAAGCUCCAGCGAUCGCUUCUUUUACAAUAUAAUUUAUUUCAGUGUCAUCUACAA